AUGACCGUGACAAAUACCCGGCCGGGAGAUCGCCACCCCGAGUCUCAAGGCCGGCUUGGCCACGGAGAGCUUCUUGAGCGUCCAUUCCCUACUAUCACCGCCGCCUUCUAUCACCAUGCAACAGUCUGUCCGGAUGCCACAGCCGUUCGUGAUCUCUCGGGAUCUCCGAGAGAGCUGACAUAUGCGGAACUUGCUGGACGAGCUCAGAGCUUGGCCGCCCAGCUCAGAGCUCAAGGGGUAGUCCCUAACUCAAGGAUCCCACUUGUCAUCAAACGAGGGCUAGACAUGGUAGUUGGUAUCUGGGCGAUUCUAUCCUGCGGCGCCCAGUACAUCCCUCUCGAUGGUGGCGUUGUACCUGAUGAGACGAUUCGUCGGAUUCUGGAGGAGUCUGAGUCGGGUGUCGUCCUUUGUCUAUCCUCGACCAAGCAUCGCAUCACCACUCAGCAUCCAGACCAGGCCGUUGUAGUCAUUGACGAAGCCAAGACCACAUCUUUUGAGCCGGAUCAAGGCAAUCAUGUCGACCUCUCAACACCAGACGGGGGCUGCUACGUGAUAUAUACAUCCGGAACCACAGGACAGCCGAAAGGAGUCGAUGUAACACACAAGAAUGUCGCCAAUCUGGUGUGCCUCUUUCCCGGAAACCUAGGGGUUUCAGCCGGGACCUGUGUGGGAUCGGUUCUCAACAUCAGCUUCGACAUGGCGGCAUGGGAAAUCUUUGCAUGCUUAUGCAAUGGAGGAACACUUGUCCUCCGGGGCUCCGACUGGGAGCCGACGCUGCAGCAGAUUGACGUCUUGAUCUGCACUCCCACGAUCCUUUCCAAGUACCAUCCUUCUCAGUUCCCCAGAAUAAAAACGGUCGCUACAGCGGGUGAGCCGACCACCAAGGGUCUUGCCGACCUAUGGGCCACCCACGGCACGUACUGGAACUGCUGCGGCCCGACCGAGACAACAAUUGUCAACACCAUGCAAAAGCACAUUGUGGGACAAGAAUUGACAAUUGGUCAGCCAACCCCAAACAACAAGGUGUACAUCCUAGGCGAGGAUGGUAAGCAACUCGGUGUGGGUGCCGCAGGUGUCAUGUGGGCGGGCGGACUGGGAGUUUCUCGAGGCUAUAUUGGACUCGAAAACAAGGCAAAAGACAAGUACAAACCGGAUCGGUUUGCCAACGACGGGUCUACCAUGUACAACACCGGUGAUCUUGGACGAUGGCGACAAGACGGUUCAAUCGAAAUCCUCGGCCGCGUAGACGAUCAAGUCAAAGUAAAGGGUUUCCGCGUGGAGCUUGAUGGCGUGUCCGCCUCCCUCGCAUCCGCCCCCGGCGUGUCUCGGGCGGCUGCGCUGCUGAUCAACGGGCAGAUCCAUGGGUUCACUUCGCCAUGCGGGAGCGAUGUAACCACCAUCCUCAAGCACACGCAGCAACACCAACCCUACUACGCCAUCCCGACACACCUCCACCUCUUGGAUGACCUCCCCUCAACUGCCAACGGCAAAGUAGACAAGAACGCACUCAAGGCAUUGGCAUUGGCCAAGCUAUGCAAUGCAGAGCCAUCUACACACCAUGACGAGAGUACGAAGAGCGUGUCUGACCAUGGCGAGCUCAAGUCGCACUCUUCCAUGUCGACUCUGUCGACUGUGGUGGAGAAACCAGACCUGAUGCGCGACUUGCCUGACAAGACGACCAAGCAGCCGUUCAGGGGUCUGAGAUACAGAAUCUUCAUCGUCUAUCGCACCUUGUUCAGUCUGAUCGGGAUACUAAACUUGGCCGCAUUGAUCUGCGUGAUCACCCUUCAGCCAAGGUCUGAAUGGCUGGGUACCAUUACCGCCAUCAACCUCGCAACUGCAGUGCUCGUGCGCCAGGACAGCAUGAUCAACGUCCUGUACACUGUUGCCUGCUCGGUACCAAGACAACUGCCGCUGUGGAUUAGGACCCGUUGCGCCAAGAUUUAUCACCUGGGUGGUGUUCACUCCGGCGCGGGGGUUUGUGCGACCGCAUGGCUGGUUAUCUCAACGGUCCGCGGCACCGUCUGCAAUGCAGGCUUCUGUGAAGGACACACAUCGGGCUCCCUGGCCACUCAGGUGGUGUCGUGGCUGCUGUGCGGGCUGCUGUGUUCCAUGGUGGCGACUGCAUGGCCAUCGUUCCGGAAACAAUAUCACAAUCUCUUUGAACGCUUCCAUCGCUUUGCUGGCUGGACAGCAUUGGCCAUGUUCUGGGUGCGCAUAAUCCUUGCCAUUAACGACUCUCGGCCUAAGGACCAAGACCUCGGUCUGGCAGCUGUCAAUAGUCCAGACUUCUGGCUCCUGGUCGUGGCAACCUGCAGUAUCGCCUCCUCAUGGUUCUUCCUUCGCAAGGUGCCGGUCGAGGCAGAAGUCCUCUCUAACCAUGCAAUCCGGCUGCACUUUGACUACACCGUGCCCGUAAAUGGAAGCUUCACGCGCAUCUCGCGGCGACCCUUGGUCGAGUGGCACUCGUUUGCGACCAUCCCCAACCCAGAGACGACCCAUCAUGCCAAAGGAUACUCGCUAGUGGUCUCCAACGCCGGCGAUUGGACGCGUUCCUGUAUUCAGAACCCUCCCAGUGCGUUGUGGGUGCGUGGUGUGCCGACAUGUGGGGUGAUGCGUGUCGCGACUCUGUUCAACCGCAUUGUGCUUAUCGGCACGGGGUCUGGAAUUGGGCCACUGCUUGGACAUAUUACCCGACAGUCGUGUCCUACCCAGCUGAUCUGGUCCACGCCACGGCCAGAGGAGACCUUUGGCAAGGAAAUCGUUGGCCUAAUCCGCAGGCAUGUUCCAGACGCUAUCAUCCACGACACCAAAAAAGAGGGUCGACCAGACCUUGUUCGAAUGGGCUUCAACAUGGCCAAGGCCUUUGACGCUGAGGCCGUGAUUGUAAUCGCCAACGAAAAGAUAACAAAGAAGAUCGUAUACGGUCUCGAAACGCGUGGCAUACCGGCGUACGGUGCCAUCUGGGACAGCUAA